UUAUCAUGCAAGUAUCAGCACUACGAAGAAGAAUGAGAAGCGCCGAGAGCAGCCGCACUGACUUGCUCUUCCUGAAUUUCAACCAGGAGGCUUCGUACGACUGCAUUCCAUUACCGGCCUUAUUGCACACUUUUGGCACUGCAAGAGGCUGUAUUUGGCGUUGGUACUGAUGACGUAUAUGCCUUGGAAUCGUUCCAGAUGCAUCAGUGUGGGCACGCGCCAAGGUUUCGCCAUCUACAAUUGUGAACCCUUUGGCAAAUGCUUUCAGGAAGACAUUGGGGGCAUCGGCAUCGCUGAGAUGCUGUACUGCACCAGUUUGGUGGCUCUUGUAGGCGCUGGGGAUCAGCCUGCGUUCUCACCGCGUCGAUUGCGCGUGUGGAACACCAAGACAGGGGCAGCCAUUUGUGAUCUGAAUUUCGUCACGGCUGUGUUGGCUGUGCGCAUGAAUCGUCAGAGGCUGGUGGCAGUUUUGGAGCGCAAAAUUUACAUUUUCGACAUCAGCACCAUGAAAAUCCUAGAAACUCUGGAUACGUCGCCAAACCCGAAGGCGUUGUGCGUCCUCUCUCCACACGACAAUGGGCAUUUGGCCUUCCCGUCUGGGGCUUCACCUGGGGAAAUUGUGCUCUAUGAUGCCAACAACCUCAGUGUGCUGAAUGCUUUUCAUGCUCACCGUACUGCACCUGUGGCUAUGGCGUUUAACCCACAAGGCACGUUGCUCGCUACUGCUUCCGAAUCGGGCACGUUGAUUCGAGUGUUUGCUGUUCCAAGCGGAAAGAAGGUUGCUGCCUUCCGACGCGGUUCUUAUGGUGCCCAGGUUUACUGCUUGGCGUUUAACGAGAGCUCCACUAUCCUGUGUGCAUCUAGUGACACCGGCACUAUUCAUUUCUUCUCGCUUACUGGAGCCGAGAGCUCAGCUACAGGGAGUUUCGGCCAUUUCACGCCGAUCACGUCGACAUUAGCAGUUGCUGGAAGCACCUUCGGUUCCACAGUUUUUGGAAGUGCUGCUGCAUCACCAAGUCCGAUUACGUCCACAACGCUAGGAUCUUCGCCUGGUAAACCAGCAAUGCACCCUGCAGGCGUAUCUAGCACGGCUCGAACAACGCGUACCAGCUCUAGCUCAACUGUCAGCAACUUUGACGAAGUGGCUGGCGUUAUGAGUGCGUAUCUACCAAGCUCCUUUUCUGGCAUCGCGGAAGGCACUCGCGAUUUUGCUUACGCACGACUUCGCUCUACUGGAGUGCCGAACUUGUGCGCAAUUCAUGGCCCACGAGAUGCCAACAAUCCAAUUGUGCAGCUAUAUGUUGCUACCACAGACGGCUACUUUUACGAGUACUCUCUCAACCUUGCUGUUGGCGGCAAGUGCAAGCUGGAAAGGGUAUGUGGACAUUAUAACUAGUUAGAGCACAGUGUCUGACUUUCUUUUUUUUUCAUUUGAAACAGGAAAAUGUCCUUCGUGACAGCACGUCCGAAGAGAUCGAGGCCAUUUACAUUUCGUAGCAGUAUUUUGCUGUAUUUCUUGAAUCUGAAGACGAUAGAUGGCGGCGCCAAUCUGCGCGAACAAAUAAAAUAAGCGAAUGUACAAAGCCGCAUGAGUUGAGCCAAAAUCUUCAGCUCGAUUACGUAAGUUGCUGAUCCGUUCACGACCACGGUGCUGUCUAUGACGCUAGGCCUUAAAACUUAAAACUAGUUGGCGUUAACCACCGAUCACUCGGCCGCUUGGAACCAAAAACUUGUCGUACCGGCUGCGCGAGUUUAGAUCAGCUGCUCAAACUCGAUGCCUUGGACACUGUACCCACGCAAAGAUCGAUGAACGACUGCGGCAAACUGCUUCGGGUCGUUACGGAACAGCUCAGCAGCUUCUGCACUCGCAACAAAAUAGUACACACUUGUCAGAUCCUGGAACUUGCAACACUAAAUGCAAUCGGUCGAACCUUUAUUCAGAGGGUCAUCCGGGUUCGGCUCGUAGAACAGGUAGAUCAGGCCAUAGAUAACCGAGUUGAUGUCCA